UGAGGGGAAAGAGGAUGGAGCCAGGACAAUAGGUGAUUGGAAAACUGCGGGGAAACUCCGUCUUUCUAAGAGAAAAAUGUCAUUCACUGACUUUAUUUUCAGAACCUCUACCCCGUGAGCGGUCAAAUCUUGAGGCUUAGCUCUUGGUCUUAUCUGCCUCCUUUCAGCCGCAUCUGGCCUGCCUGAAAGUAGAAACCUGUUGUCUUCUUCACAGCUAGGCGUUCACUGAGCCAGUUACGGUACUUGGCACUUAGUAGGAGCUCAUUAAAUUUUGAGUGAACCCUAAUUCCUCCACUAUUCUCAUUCUAGGUCCAUCACCUACUGGGCACAUUUGGUGCUGCACUUAACCUUAGCUGUAAGAUGAAGAUGAAUAGAGCUGCUAAUUCACAGGCUAUUUUGCCAGGGUUAAAUAAGUUAAUGGGCAAGACUGGGCAAACCUCUGAACCUCAGUUAUCUUCCAGAUGUAAAGUGGGAAUGAUCUGACUCAAGGGAAUUUCCCACAGCACUUAGUUUUGACCUGACUAUUUCUCUUAACUUCAUCUGACCGACUUCAUUCUGCAUCACUUAACUAAAUUUAUUUAGAACUAAGAAAGUGCCAGAGACUGUACCAGGAGCUGGUACACAAAGAUAACAACAGUAGCUAAUAAUCAGUAAGUGCUUUAGGAAUCUUUGGGCUUUGCAAAGGAAGAACCUAGCUCUGUCCUAUAAAUAGUCAUUGUUUUCAGGCCCUCAGUUUUAUUCUCUGUAAAAUGGGAAUGAUGAUACAUAUCUCAUAGACUGUGGUGAAGAGUAAAUGAAGUAAAACACAUCAAAUGUGCAAGAAUGCCUGGCGUAUAGAUGUUACUGUAAUGAUUUUUUAAUUUAACUUGAAAAAUGAAAAAAUGAGCUGGAAACCUAACGUAUUACUAGUUAAAAAAAAAGGUAAACUAACAGUAAAGCUUCAAAUGUGAAAAAUAACUGCCUAGAAAUCUUAGAGAGGCUACCUUACAAAAACAUCUUACGCUAAGUGACCUUAGAAUGUGCCUGGAGUUCCAGAGUUUAAAAUAAUAUAAAAACCUCAGUUUUAUUCUGCUAAAAACUACAAUUCCCAGAAUGCAUCUUAGAUAAGGCCUCCGGAAUGGAGCCCGGCGCGCCUCACGGGAUUCUUGAAGACUUGGUUUCGGAGAGAAGAGAGCUUUUAGCCUUGCAAGGGCGGGAGAAUCUUGGAGACCGCCUUUCGGGUAGGCGGGGCAAACGCUAGUGCACAACCAAUCACCGAGCCAGCCCCUGGACGCGCUGGGAAGCGGCCAAUCGGAACUCACCUACUUCUGCCUGGACUGGCGCGCGAGAAUUUGAAUACAGUCGGGACCCCUGGCUCUGCUGAGGAGAGGUUGCCAGUCCGAGGGGCGGGAGUUCAGUUAAGAAGAUGUCAACUUUAACUCCAAGGAAAAGGAAGCAGCAUUCUUUGAACUGUGAUAACCUAUUAUCAGAAAUUCCAUCAAAGAAAUUAAUUUCGGACUUUACUGAAAAUAUAUUUCCAUCACCUAAUAAAAAGCACAUUUGCCAAAGCAGUGAUAAAAAUGAAGGAAAGAUUCAUUGCUCUCAACAAGGCCAUUUCAUUUCAAGUCCACUCAAAACGACUAAAACUAGAUUGCCAUCUGCAAAUCAAGGUUCACCAUUUAAAUCUGCUGUGUCUACCAUAUCCUUUUACAACAAAGAUAAGUGGUACCUCAAUCCACUGGAGAGAAAGCUGAUAAAAGAGAGUAGAUCUAUUUAUCUAAAAACUAAUAAUGAAGAUAGAUCAUAUCCCAGUGUGACAGGAAAAAUGCAGGGAAAACCAGCCUGCUCCAAGACGAUGAACAAAAAACCACAGAAGUGUUUAACUGCUAAGUGUCAACCAGGAUAUAAGUGCAUCAAGCCUGUGUCAAAGAAUCCUAAAAAUUCCAAGCAAAAUCGAGUGGCCUAUAAGCCAAUUGUGGAGAAAGAGAAUAAUUGUUACUCAGCUGAAAAUAAUCUGAAUGCUCCUCGAGUUCUAAGCCAAAAGGUCAAACCGCAAGUUACCCUCCAGGGAGGAGCGGCUUUUUUUGUUAGGAAAAAACCCUCUCUGAGAAAAUUGUCCCUGGAAGAUAAGCCAUUACUGGGACUCACCCAAAAGAAUAAAUCAGAAGUUAUUGAAGAGUCUGAUGUGGAAACUGUCAAUGAAAGAAGUUUUGAGACAAGGCAAGUGCCAAAGUGUUUGUUAGUAGAAAAAGAACUGAACACUGAGCUGCUGAGUGAAAGAAGUAAAAAUGAAGAGAAAUUAAUAAAGGAUGCAUCAGAUAGAGUCAUUUCUUCAAGGGAAUGUAAAACCGAUGAAAAUAAGAGUUUUUCUUCAGAGGAGUCUUUCAGUGAGAACAAGGCAGUUUCUCCUGAGACCCUUGUCUAUCCCAUCUUCACCGUGUCUUCAGUCAACACAAAAAGAUCUCUAGUUGAAGAACAGUCUUCUGUGGGAUCCGUCACGUCUACUAACUUCUUGAAACAAAUCAAUAUACAGAAAAAUACUAAUACCAGAGAUGCAAAUAAAGAAACAAAAGACCAGCUCGUCAUUGACGCUGGUCAGAAACAUUUUGGAGCCACCAUGUGUAAGUCUUGUGGCAUGAUCUACACUGCUUCCAACCCCGAGGAUGAACUGCAGCAUGUUCAGCAUCACCACAGAUUUCUGGAGGGAAUCAAAUAUGCAGGCUGGAAAAAAGAACGUGUUGUAGCAGAAUUUUGGGAUGGGAAAAUUGUGUUGGUCCUGUCACAUGAUCCGAGUUAUGCUAUCAGAAAGGUCGAAGAUGUCCAAGAACUUGUCGAUUAUGAAUUGGGCUUCCAGCAAGUUGUUCCCAGAUGUCCAAACAGAACUAAAACUUUUCUCUUUAUUUCUGAUGAAAAGAAAGUAGUUGGGUGUUUAAUUGCAGAGCCCAUCAAACAGGCCUUCCGUGUCCUGUCUGAACCAACUGGUCCAGAAUCCCCAAGCUCUAAAGAAUGUCAUAGGGCUUGGCAAUGUUCAGAUGUACCAGAGCCUGCAAUCUGUGGGAUAAGUAGAAUUUGGGUCUUCAGAUUGAAGAGAAGAAAGCGCAUUGCAAGACGACUGGUAGAUACUCUAAGGAAUUGCUUCAUGUUUGGCUGUUUUCUCAGCACGAAUGAAAUAGCAUUUUCUGACCCAACACCAGAUGGCAAGUUAUUUGCAACCAAGUACUGCAACACCCCUAAUUUCCUUGUAUACAAUUUUAAUACUUAAAGCCAAUUUCAACUAUAGAACAGUUACUAUAUGGAUGAGUUCAGACAGCCCAUUAUCAUAAAAUACAAACUAUUUAACAAAUAUCAAAAUAAAAAUACUAAGACACACACACAUAUACAGAAACCUGCCUCAGUUUUGUUCCUUAUGAAUUGAAAAGUCAGGGGUAAAUUCGUUGAAAAUUAUCUAGGGAUGCAAAGAAAGGAAAAAUCUUUGGAUGAUGUAUACUGACUAGCACUCUGAAUCCUUAGUUAUGAAGCUUGGUAGCUAUAGCUGGAAAAUACUUUCCUUCUAUGUAAGAACAUUGACAAAGCAAGGUGGUUUUCCACAGAAAUGUGACCACUUAUGAUUUAUAAAGCACACCUUGGGGCCAGAAUUUUCUCGUGCCUGAUCAGAAGCAAAGAGGAGAAUUUAAAGACAGGCAAAUAAUUUCCAUCCCCAUUUUUUUAAAGGUAAUUCCUGAAUUCGUACACAAAAUUCUCACUUUAUAGGCACGUGGCUGUAGCAACUCAGUUUGAGUAUAUUUAAAGUAUUUUGAGUUUCUAAUUUGUACCAGGGAAAGAUGGUGAAGAGUAAGAUUUCCAUAUCCUUUUGUAUAGAAUUCUAGAGCUUAAUAUUUUUAUCUUUUUAAAAAUCAUUAAUCAAAACACACUUGUCAUCAGAUUUAAUUAAACUUAGUAAUUGCACUA